AUGAGAAACAUCCUCAAUCAUCAUACUUUUGAAGAGAAUACAGUGCCACGACCACACGAUCAGACAAAGAAAGCCCUAGAUCCCUUUCUGAGGGAGGCAAUGGAAGCACUCUCUAUAAAUUUACAAACUUUUAUGAAGUAUACUGAUUUUCAUGAGAGUAAGGAGGGAAGAUCGUUAAUAUUUGGUGUCUCGGCUCCAACAAUUAGUUUUAGUUGCUCGACGAAUAAUAGUGUUUCCAUGUCUACUUCCAUGAUGAGGCAAUCAAUUAUUGGAACUAGUUUGUUGCAAUUUGAUCCUGAUUGUGUUGAGGAAGAAGAAAUUAUUCUCACUGAAUCGGAAUACAAACAAUUGGAGGAAAUUUACUUUAAUCCCCUCAAGUACUUGGCAGAAACUCUGAAGAUUUUGAAUGAAAACAAGCCAACACAAAUUGAAGAGGAUAAGUAUGGUCUUGAGGAACUUCAUUAUGAUGAUGAAUUGGAUCAAGAUUCUAGUAUUAUAACAAUUCAGAAGGAAACACCAGAACAAGCUCCUCCACCAGCCAAACCAUUAAUAAUUAGAGGAAGAGCUAAAAGAAAAUUUUACUAG